GCCAUAGUCGAUAUAUCUUUAUGAACUUCAUGAUUGUGAUUCGUAAUCGCUGCGGUGUCAGACUUUUGAAGGGAAUUUUUUAAUUUAUAUUACAGAACGGUAUGAGCGUCAUAUACGUGACCAUACCGCUUUUCUUAAAAACGUCUACCUCGUAACAUUUAUUUUCACUGACAAGGAACCAUGUCGAAGAUGAAAAACAUUCCAAAUAACUUAACCAAAUGGGAUCUGUCAGAGGAUUCUCUGGCACCGUUAACCGAUUACCAAAAAGAAUGUUUAUUGAAUUUAGAAGAAGAAUUGUUCCCUGACAGCAAUUUGAAAACUGAGGAGACAGGUGAUACCGUAUGCGCAAGCGAAGAAACUAAGAAAUCAGUACAAAUAGAACGAUGCCAAGAUCUAUUAGAACAUUAUGCCAAGUUAGAGAAAGAGUGUAUGGACAGGAAAGAUAUGAAAUAUGUGUUGUACCUUAAUGAAUUACAAUCUCGACGACAAGAGUGUCAUGAACUUUGUCUUCAAAUAGAAGAAGCAUUAGAAGAUUUCACUCUGUUAUAUAAACAAUUUUCAGAGGUUUCUGAUAAAACGAUAUCACUUUAUGAUGCUAGCGAACAGCUUGAUUCAGAUCAAAGAAAAUUAAAUUCUACCAUAGAAAACAUCACAGAAUAUGUGAAAUAUUUUAAAGAUAUUGAUAUGAUGAUGGAAAAACUAGAAGCACCUACGUUAUCAGUGAAUAGUGAAAUGUUUUUUAAUAUUCUAGAUAAAAUUGAUACCAACAUAGACUUUGUGCAGAAUAAUCUUUCGUUUAAAGAAAGCAAUACUUAUUUAAUCAAAUAUAAACACUGUCAAUCUAAGGCAAUAUCGAUGAUGCAAAAUUAUAUUUUGAAUCUAUUUAGCAAGACCACGGAAAGUAUAUUGAAUUUAAAAGAUAAUGAUGAUUCCCAGGAUAAUGCAGACGCAGCUUUAGCUCUUUUCUAUGGAAGAUUUCAAACUAUUUUGUCAAAAGCUAGACCAGUUAUAGAACAAAUUGAAGCAAAAUCUUAUAAGAGACAAGAAUAUGACAGCUUAUUGUCAGAGUGCCAUCAAUGUUAUUGGAGUCAAAGAGGAUUAGUAUUAGGCAGUAGUGUACAAAAGUCUCUAAUGUCUGUAAAGGAGAAAUACAAUGGUGAUCAUUGUAGCCUGGUACGAAAUUCAUGUGCAUUAUUGUUACACGCAUCAAUGGAUGAGUAUAAAUUAUUUUAUGAAUUUUUUUCUAAACCAUCCAGUGGAUUAACAGCAUAUCUUGAAAGCUUAUGUACAUCUUUGUAUGAUACACUUAGACCAUUCAUAAUUCAUAUUAAUCAUUUGGAGACAUUAGCUGAAAUUUGUUGCAUUUUGAGGAUUGAAAUGUUAGAUGAACAUGUUCAAAACAAUUUUGAACCAUUAGAAGGUUUUGGUAACAUUUGUCUGCAAUUAUUGCAUGAUGUACAGGAGAGACUGGUUUUCCGCGCACAUCUCUACUUGCAGUCUGAUGUUUUGAAUUAUAAUCCAUCACCAGGUGAUUUGGCAUAUCCAGAAAAGUUAAAGAUGAUGGAAGAUAUAGCAGAGUCAAUAAGAGAAGAAUCCAGACAGACAAAAAUGAAAAAACUAUCUAUUUCAUCUAAUGAUGAUAAUAAUCUAGAACCAAUAUCUAGGAAUCAUAUAGAAAUAGAUUCUAUCUACCAAAAAACACAUAUGGGGAAUUCACCAGCAGAUCUUCAUGGAAUGUGGUAUCCUACUGUUCGUAGGACAUUAGUAUGUUUAUCAAGAUUAUAUAGAUGCGUGGACAGAUCUGUAUUCCAAUCUUUGAGUCAGGAAGCAAUAUCUCUUUGUGUACAGAGUAUAGAAAAUGCAAGGCAUGAAAUAGAGAAAAGAGCAUCAUCUUUAGAUGCAGAACUUUUUCAAAUAAAACAUUUGCUCAUUUUAAGAGAACAAAUUGCACCAUUUCAAGUAGACUUCACCAUAAAAGAAUAUAGCCUGGAUUUUUCUAAAGUUAAGACAGCAGCAUUUGGUUUAUUAGAAAAGAGUUCAAGAUUUUUUACUUUAUCAAAUAAUGCAUUACUAGAAUUUUUAUUGGAGGGAGCACCUCAAAUGAAGGAGCAACUAAUAGACUCAAGGAAGCAUGUGGAUAAUAAAUUGAAAUACGCUUGUCAACGUCUUAUACAGCAUGCAACAUUUUUAUUGAUACACCCAAUUUUGAAACUGUUAGAGAGGGAGAAGUUACAUGCCAAUACCCCAGAUGCAUCUCCAGAACAUGCUCUCGGAAGUCCUCAAGAUGUUGCAGCAGCAAUUAGCGAGGUAUUACGGAUAAUUAAGUUUAAAUGUCCUGAAAUUCAACAACUGAUGCAACUAUAUCUCUCUAAUAAGGAAACAGAGUUUAUUUUGUUUAGACCGGUAAAAAAUAAUGUCUGUGCUGCAUUUACGCAACUAUAUCAAAUACUGAGUAAAUAUUAUAAUUCAGAAGAACUUUUAUUAAUUGCAUGUCCAUUACCAGAACAAAUCUCUGUUAUGCUAAGCUCAUCCAGUCUUACUCAUGGAAAAAAUACACAAAGCACUGCAAAAAAAACGUAGCAAAAAUGAAUUAGCAAGCUUUUAUAACUAGAUACUGUAUAUUAACGUUAUCUGCGAUCCGUAAUUAAAUUACGAAUUUAUUUUAAAUAUUUCUUUUGAAAAAAUAAAUAUUAAUAUAUAAUGAAUAUUUUAUAUUUUUAAGUAAAUUAUGUAAAAUCUGUAUAAAUAAUUCAUAAUUUCAUAUACAAUAGCUCAGAUAUUCAAGUAAAAUUACAAAAGCUAUUGCAAUUUAUAACGCCCUGUAUUAAAGAAUACUACACGAUAUUUUAAUUCUUUGUAAUGUACUUUAAGAACACGUAAUUUUUAUAUUACGAACAUGUACAUAUUUAAAAUCUUAAAUUAAAUUAGCACACCACGAAAUUUGUACAUCCCCUUAAAUGAGAUUUAUGGUCUUAAAUAAAUUUUUACAGAAACUGUUAUGAGUUUAAAACAAGAAAAGGUGUAUAUUUUUGUAGCAAACAGUACUAUAGUGUGUCAUAUUGCGAUGAUACUAGGGAUUUAAUUUUUCCAAUUGUACUUGAAAACAUGAUUAAUUGCUAAUAUAUAUAAGCGAUAAUGAUAUACAUUA